CGCCUUGUUUGCUCCGGACGGUAUCGAGCAUGGUCCCAGAACCGAUAUCGUCACGACACGUGUCAGAACACGAAUAUCGGUACGGGAAUCGUGGUCGUAUUCUUCUAUGGAAGGGAAAGAUUCCCUUGUAGGAAGUAUCUGCGACUAUUUAUACAACCGAGGUUAGGGCUGUUUGGAGUCGUUAGUACUUGCUAAGACUGCACCCGAACUGUACCCGAAAAGACCCCGAAGUCACGCCCCGAUAUCCUGGAGCCUCUAUCUGACAACACGAUUCUCUACCGUCCCUCGCUACAUAAAUGCGAGAUGCACAGAAUAGCUAGCUAAGUCUUGCUCGGAUAUUACGCCUAAAUACCCCUAGCCAUACCAAACUUAAAACUUAUGGGACCGUUUCCUUCGACCACUUUGACCUACCUUAACCAGAGGCAUACGAGAGCUCAUCAUGGGGGUUGAGCACAUUGCACAAUCGGGCCCAAACUGGACUGCCUCGAGAUGUCGCCGAUUGUUACGUCCAUUACAGGCCCGGGCCACUGCAUUACGAAAAGAUUUACGAGGAAAUGCAGGUCGGACUUCAUCGACAUUCUUCCCCCAGUCCAUGGCAGGAAAGCAAACGAAGCGGACAGAGGAGGAAACGGGCCAUGGAGUUGAACGAAAAAAGCCACGGCGCACCUAUUCUCAGAAGCAGACCUCAAGUGAUGCUCCAGAAACGAGACCCGCUGGCUCGCUAGUCACAUCCCCGGCUGCCCCAAAACAAACAAUUUACCAGCCUACACGGAGCACGCAGGAUAGCACUACGUGUCAUGAACACCAACGGCAACCCGGUUUCCGGGAAAAACAUACUCUUUUGACAAACAUAAACCGAACUGACGCGCUGGAACAUUCUCUCCGUUCGCUUCGAUGCGCACAGCAGCUAUGGCCAGAAUCACGUUUCCAGAUCUAUGAGGGAAUGUUACGCGAUUUGGAUGCCAUUAUCAAAGCAACGGAUACGAGAAACCCAACGUCCAACCCGAAGUCGCUUUUGUCCAUGUGCCUCCGCAAGGUGCCCGUGUACAUUGGGAGGCAGGAAGCUCGGGAUGAGUCUACACUCGCAAAGGAUGGUUUCAAACCGCUCUUCGGGCGUAGUGUCUCUAUCCAAAUCUUUGACGAGCUCGAACAGUUCGGACAUGGACGGAGAGGAUGGGCGCAUUUACCCACCUUGACCAGGGCAAAUGCCCUGUGGAUGAUGAAACAAGCGACAAUUGAAGGCCUGCUCGAGCCCCAUUUUGCCUGCAUAUUGAUUCAAUACUGCAAUGGCGCGGGCUGUCAGCUCGAGGCUAUGGAUCUCUUCCGUGAGAUCCUGAGUCAACACGAGCAUGCCCGCCAAGACACCAGCGCAUAUCGUGAUGUGAGCCAACUAUUGCGAACUGUAUCCACCUUGCUCGAAGGUAGCGAGCUGCAAGGUACGGAUCUGCGGCUGCUCCACGGCGUUGCGCCUCUUGUACCGGAGAAACAACUCUUUGUGAAGGGGUUAUCAUCCGAAGCUCUAGGACGCUUGUGGACCUGGGUACUUGAAUCGAUACAAGACCCCGCUGACAGUGUUGGGGCACUGGAGUUUGCGUCCGCUGCCAUCGCAUCGCUCUUCUCAUCCUUUUCAAAGCAUCUCGCACAACAGAGUGCAAGUGGUAUGGUACAGGGGGUUCUGGAACCAGUACCCAUGAACAUCGUGGGUGCUGUAGUCGCCUUGUCCUUCUCGACGUCCCGGGAGGCCAGGAAUUCCACGCACAUAAGCACGGCAAUAUCCCAGGGGAAGGUGCGUUAUAUUCUGCGCAAUGCUUUCAACGUACUGGGCAGAGCAGGAGCUAGUAAGAUUGCUCGCUAUGUGUUGGCCCUUGCUCUUUUUGUCGCCAGCUUCUCGUCUUCCUCCUAUCAGGACAGAGAAUUUCAGGCCAAGGCACUGAAAUCGUCUUGGCGGGAGCAUGCAAGAGCAAACCAGUUAAGUCAAGACGCAUAUUUCUAUAGUCUGACAGCGGCCCUCGGAUGCUCGAUAGCACAAUAUUCCGGAAGGGCAGCCUCUAUUCCGUCCAGUUCCUACUUCUCAGAAUUCUGUGAUCGACUCGAUACUCUCCAAGUGCAAGCACUGAGUAGCCUACGGAAAGAGGGGGCCUUUUUGCUGGCCCAAAGAACGCAUGAUCUCAGGGACCUGGCCUUUGCAGAGGCACUCAGCGAAAGUACAGAAAGAAACCCGGCUCGGAUCACUUCGCCGCCGGAGAGCAACAGGUGUCUGUUGUCGUCGUCUUUCACUGGAUACCGAUGGGAAGACGGGAUAAGUGAAUGGGUCACCGUGACCCCUUUAAAAAAGAGGUCAACAGGCCGGAGGACAGACACCUGAGAAUCCGUGCUAGGAUGGAUAGCAUGUACAGUUCUAGUAAUUGGAUUUCUCUUGAUGAGAAGGAAGAUGGCCCUUGCAACCGUAAAUGACAACUGUGACGGGUCGCUUCAGAUGAGUGACGUGGUCAAAACGCAGUGUUAGGCUAUAUGCCGAGGGUGAUCAUGAUACUAUCUGCAUGCAUACUACACCAAUGUACAAUUUAAACGACUUGUAUACAAAGCCUAGGUUGGCAAGUGGUAGACCAAAACCAAAGGCCUGGUGUUAAUACAAUAUAUACAGCACUGAAAGGCGCUUUGGGCUUGUCUGAAAGCGAUGAAUCGCUCCCUAUACACGCAAUGUGAAGUGCAUCGUAUAU